AAAUAUCGAAAAAUGAACGAAGCAGACGAGCAAACGGACGUGAAAAAUUGCUUUUUGGAUCCCGACCAUCCGAUGUUGGCGCCCUUCCAAAAAGCCUUAAAGGCGCAUCUCGAGAACCAAAUAAAAAAAUUAAAAGAUGACAUUUUGUUCAUCGACAGCGAUAUUAAAACCAAAGAGAAAGAAGUCGAAGACUUGGGUGUACAAGCUUACGAAGUUCAACAACAAGUAUGCUUUCAACAAAAAGUCCUCGACGAUUUAGUGAAUCAAAUAAAAACCCUCACAGCGUCCCAAGAAAGCGAAGAACAACAAUUAAAAACCAAGCUAGAAGACUUGAAGACCAUCAAAAAUCAGCUAUUCGAUAAAGAAAAACUCAACAAAGAAUUAACCUACGAAAUCGAAAAUUUAUCCCGUUUAAUUCACCAACUCUCCACUCUAGAAAACGACGUAGAAUCCCACAUAAUAUCGAACAAAAGGCAAGCAGAAAAGAUGCGCAAAGACAACGAAAAAUUAGCCAAGCAAAAACGAAAACAAGACUACCUCAUUUACCAACUCAACACCGAAGUAUGGAAAACCGAAAACGAAAUAGAAAACGGCAAACUCCAGAUAAAACUGAUGGAAGAAGAACUGGAGGAAAUGGACAACAAAAUAUCAAUAGGCAACACCAACAUAACAGCCCUCGAAUCCGAACUAAGAGCCCUGACUUGCUCGAUAGAUCGCGUCGUUUGCUCCAUCACCAACAGAGACAAAAACCUCGAAUGCCUAACGAAAUCCUUAAACAACAAACAAGAACAACACAAAACAAUUCUAAACGAAACCAACCAGUUGAAGAAGCUCAUCAAGCAAGAGCAGAUGCAAAACCAAUGCAAUUCGGCCAAUAAAAACCGCAUACACGCCGAUAUCAAAGCCAACAAAAUCGAAAUCGAUGGAUUGUUAAAAGAAAAACUCAAACUCGAUCGAGAAGUGUACAACACGAAUGCGCAAAUCGAGCAACUGGAAAGCGACAUUAAAUCAUCGCGAAAAGACCAGCAUUUCAAAAAAUUGGCUCUGGACUCCGUGCUGAACGAAUACAAGCGACUGUCUUCGAAGAAGCUCCAAGCCGAGCAGGAGAUCUUCGAAUGCAUUCAAGCCCAAAUGACCACCGACAUGGUAGACAAGAAGAACAAAAAGGAAUUGAAGGAUAUUUCCGAUAAAAUUCGAGAUGUCGAUUUAAUGCUACACGAAUCGCUGAACAGGAAAAUAUUUUUAACCACCGAAAACGACAUGAAGAAAAAUUACAUCGGCGAGCUGGAAGCGAUGCAUUCGGAAUCGAAGAGACAAGAAAACGAAAUGGGCAAAUUGCUCGACAAUUUGAGCAAGGAAUUCGAAAAGUACACGUUGAUUUAUCGAAACAGAAACAGGCGAGUAAUGUCGUUAAACGAGCAAGUACAGACCGAGCUAGUUUCGCAAAAAUCAUCGAAUUACACCAAAUCUGAACGUAAAAUCGUCGAUCUAACGAAAUCCAUCGGCGAAGAGCAAUCCAUCAUCAAAGCCCAUCAGAGAUUGUGGAUCAGAGAACAACAAAGUUUGCUAAUUCUAUCGUCGAACAGACGCGAACAGAUCGCUCGAAUCAACACGCUAAAGAAGCAACUCAUGGUACUCGAGCAGAAAAACUUUCGAAACCAACGCGAACUCGAAGACGUGCGACGAAACGAAGAGAAAAUCCAACAAAUGCUGAACAUCCUCUCCAACAAACUGACCGUGCUGAGCGGAAAACUCGUCCAUCACAAGCACAAAAAAAACAACAUCAACAACAACAACGCCGCUUUAAUGAACGAAUACGAAGCGAAACUGAAACAAUCCGAGCUCGAUUUGCUCUCGAUCGCCGCCGAAAUAGCGGAAGUGGAACAAGACAAGGUGGCGUUGAGCAAAGAGUUGUUGGACGUGAACAGGGAGGGACUCGAAUGGGAAAAGAAAUUCCAAGUCACCAAAGAAUAUUUAAAUAGCGCGAGAAGUACCGAUCAAGGCGACGUGGCCAAUAUGCGCUCGGAGAUACACAAGAUGCGAGUCAUCUACGAUCAGCUGAAGAGGGCCCAGGAGAAGCUGCUCAAGGACCUGCAACAGUGCCUGUUCAAAAGGGAAAUGCUGUAUUUCAAUUCGGAUGUUACCAGCAAAGCGGAAAAAGAUAAGAAAACCGGUCCGACAUUACGAUCGUUUUUCCAAAAGAAACUGGCCGAUUGCAAGAAUAAAAUCAAGCAUAACAGAAGCGAGAUAAAAGCGGCGGUGGGCGCGAUAAAAGCCCGCCGAAAUCGAAUCGAGGAAAUGCAGAAAGAGAUCAAAACAAUUUUGGAGGAUCCCGUAAUGGCGGAGAAUUACAAAUCCAACGUUUUGGCGCGAUUGAACGAGUUGAAAGUGAGCAGGCAAUUCAAGUUCGAGAUAUUGGUGUUUCAACAGAAGAAGGCUAGCAUGUAUUCCCACAUAGCGGCCGAUCGGACGCCUUUCACUGUUUUCAGAAGGGAAUCGGAUCUGGUCGAUGAGUAUCAAAAACAGAAGGAAACGAACGCCAAACUGCGGCGGAUGGUGGCGAGUUUGAUAGAAAAAUAUCCCAAAUUUUAUUACGAUUUAACUUCGUUGGGACACUCGUUGGAAAUCGUUUCUUUGUUCAUGUACCGAUCGCAAAGGAGGGAAAGUUCAUUUUCGAAUUGAGUCUUAUUAAUAUUUAUAGUUUUUUUUAUAUUUAGUAAUAGGACUGCUUGAAAAUUAUAUAAGGCAGUUUAUUAUAAAAAAAAAUCUAAACUUCUAGUACAUUGUUAGUUAGCAUUUAAUUCUCUUUGUAGGACCGAUGUCGGGUUACGUCCGAAUAAAUCCUCCUUUCGGGGUUCUUCUUCACUUCUCGCACGUUCACGCCCGUCGAUACGUUCACGUCGUA